AGACGCAUAUGGCGCCUCAGCGAUCCCUCUCGCCGGCGACCAGUCGCAACCACCGCAGCAGUUCGACAUGUACGGCAAUCCCAUCCCCAUAGGCGCUAUGCCAACUAACGACGGAUAUGCUCACAACGACCAUGACGAGGAAAGUCAGACCACUAUGAGCAGUCACGCGAACUCUACGCACAGUGUUAUGAGCGAUCAAGAACCUCCGGCGAGAUCAUACAAGCCCAGACCGCCCAGCAACAACCCGAAUCUGCAGACAACCAAGGGAUACCUAAUUCCUGGUCAAAGUGAGAGCGACGAGUCAUUUACCCACAGCGACUUGCAUAGUGAGACCAACGACGAGGAGAACCCCGACGGUUACCUGGAUGAAUACGAUGGUUACCAAACCGACAAACCCCUCAAUCAUCACACAGUUGACGAUUACGGCCGCGGAACUCUCAAUGAUAAAACCGGAUCACCGCACGAGUCAUAUAAGAGUCGUAACAGUCACAACAGUACCCCGCGUUCCCUGAAGAACGGCUCGGGCGUUAGUGUGCCCAGAGGCGCUCCUGAAGACCUCAACACAACCGGAGCCGCACAGAGGGGCUUUGCACAGCCUAACAAGCAACCCCACGAUCUGGACGUUCACGGCAUGCAACAGCCACGAACGGAUAACGAGAGUGAACACAGCGACAACGAAGACGAUGACGAUGACGACGGCAGCAGUGUGUACAGUGGCUCGAGUAAUGAUAGCGAACCCACGUUCGGAUACAUGAACGAGUUCGGGCAGUUGGUUUACAUCACCGACCCGGAACAGCAACGUCAACUGGCACAGCUGGCAAGUGAGCAAGGCGAUUCCACUCAGGUCAUGUACAUCGAUGAGGGGCAGUACAAGCAGCUGAGGGACAUGCGAGGCAACAACGACAGUCAAUAGGCGGAUGGAGAGAAAAAAUGUAGUGCGAAAACGCAUCUAUGGUUGCUCAUAUCGGACGAGUGCUAGCCAGUCCAACGCGACUGGUCUGGCGCUGCAUGAGAUUCAUUGCGGUUAUGAGAUCAUUAGUCAUUAGUCAUAGGCUAUAACAGAGUGGAUCUAUCUAGAAAGCAGGUCCUCGGGCUACAGAAAGACAACCGACGCGGGCACCCUUGGGGGUGGACGUGCGUAAAUGUGAAGGUCUCCGGGUUCAUGCACAUGCCAAUCAUAGUGCAUUUGAUGGAUGUAUUUCAGAUACAAAUGAGUGGUGUGACUAUAGUUGCCAAUCCCCACUCGUCGCUUAGAUUUCCAGGGAACACCCGUAGAUAAACAUAAUCCUGAUGACUAUCAGGUCACUGGAGCGGUGUGCUAGGUUAAGCCAAGGUUAUUGUGUGAUCAUCCACCUGUAAGACUGUGUGCAAAGGAGGAUAGAAAGGGGGGGGGAUGCAUUGGUAAUGUAAUGUCGGUAUAUAAUGUAUAAAUAUCAGAAGGGCAGAUGAGAUAAGAUAGCAAUGCGCCUGGAAUUUAGUCAGUACAAACGUAUAAAAUAAAAUUUGGAAG